UAGCUGUCAGUAGGAAAUGCAGGCUGGUGUUGGAUGUAGCCCUGCCGCUGUGCUUGGAUACAUUUAACAAAGAAAUUCCCUUUUGUUUCAGAAUGAACACUAUAACUUAGAAUGGUUAUUUGAAUUAAGAGAGAAUGGUCGCAAAAAGAGUGCGUGUCUAACCGAGGUAACCGAAACACUCAGCUAGCUAUUUAUGCUAACUGAAACACUAUCGGCGCUAAUGCUAAUAGUACAUAUUGCUAAACUAAGCUAGCUGCUAACUUAGCCAGCUAGCUCGCCGAUUGCAGGACGUUUGUUCUUCCAGUUCCUCGCCCCGUGCCGCGGCUCCUGCCCCUUUGGUUUUUCGUGUUUUCAUUUCACGGGGCAGGUUGCGGGACCGGAGCUGUGGCGGGGGGAACUAACGGAUAGGAACCCCCUGGCUGUCCAGGCGGACGGAUCACAGUGACACGCCGGUGUUGGGAGAGAUCAGAGCGGAACCAUGGCCGAACUCUCCACGCUAUCCCCAUCACCCCCCGCGUUGGGGGAUCCUCAUGUAGCUCCAUCCAUCCCUCCAUCCUCAUCAGCACAACAUGCUAUCAACCACCCUGUUCCAGAGUCUGCCAUGGAGAAGCCCUCACUCAUGUCGUCCCUCUACAAUGACAAAGCUUUGACUGGAAACACUCCUGCAGCUCAGUCAGGGGGAUCACCCUUCACCCCCCACCCACCCUUGAGUCCUACAAAACUCACUGCUGACACUCCCCUCUCGUUAUUGGUACAUGAGGCUUCUCCACAGAGAGAGGAAUCACCAGGGAAAGAUGCAGAGACUGUACCUGAUGUUAUGAAGCAGGAGACAAGUGACCCACCAGCUGCAGAAUGCUUGAAUACUGAAACAGCGACCCCGGCACCGCCGAGCGAGCUAUCAUCAGCUCCGCCGAGCGAGCCAUCAUCAGCUCCGCCGAACGAGCCAUCAUCAGCUCUGCCGAACGAGCCAUCAUCAGCUCCGCCGAGCGAGCCAUCAGCUCCAAGUGAAGGGCCACAGGCAUCACCCUCUCCUGAUCUUAAUCCUGGUCCUAAUCUCUACCCCAAUGUCCAUGUCACCCACAAUCCAAAUCCUGUCAUGGAUGAUGGUACAUUUACAGCGAGCCAACCCCAGAUCGCUGCAGCUUCCAAUGCCACGCCUGCUGCUGCAGCAUCCAUCGACAGCACGUCAGCCGUAGAGGAGAAACCUCAGCCACUUCAACAAGAACAAAUCCCUCAAAGUCUGCCUCCUCCUCCUCCUCUCUCCCCAAAGCCUGCAACUCCCAGUGAAGCAACUAAAGCAGAACUGCCAAGCACCCCCACCAGAGCCGAACCCCCCAGCCCUAGUGUCCCACUGAUACUGGAGCCAGAUUCUCCCUUCCCCCUGCCCAAGUCCCGGCCGGCCCCUGACACCCUGAGCUACCUGGAGUCAGCCAGCAUCAUGUCAGGGACGUUGGAGUCUCUAUCUGGACUGGGAGAGGACGGCAGCUCUGUGGGCUCAGACUCUGAGGUCAACGGCAUGUCUGUCAGACGCACUGAUAAAUAUGGAUUCCUAGGUGGAAAUCAGUACAGUGAAAGCGGUGAAAAGGAUGUUCGCGUUGAAGUUGCCAGACAGCGGGAAGUAAAAUGGCUGGAUAUGUUUUACCACUGGGACAAAUGGGUCAAACAUCGCUUCCAAAAGGUGAAGCUGCGCUGCAGGAAGGGGAUUCCCUCUUCUCUCAGAUCCAAAGCCUGGCAGCUUCUGUCCAACAGCCAAGAGCUCCUGGACGCCAACCCUGGGAAAUUUGAGGAGCUGGAGAGAGAGCCAGGAGAAGCUAAAUGGCUGGACAUCAUAGAGAAGGAUCUCCACAGACAGUUUCCUUUCCACGAGAUGUUUGCUGCUCGUGGUGGACACGGGUAAAAAA